UCGUCUCCCUGGGCCGCGGGGGUGUUGGCGCUCCCCCCCGCCCCGAGGGUGGAGUGGUCGCGCCCUCUAGGGGGCGGAGCUUGGGGGAGGUGGCGUGCGUGGGGAGCGUGAGGGUCGGGCGGCUCAACGGGCAGCGCUCGCGUCUGGUCCUGGGGCGGCCCGGGCCUGGGCAGGACUGUCUCGGCGAUCUCUGUCGCUGUCUCUCGCGUCUCUGGCCGUCUCUGCCCCCCCGCCGGCGCCAUGAUCAUCCCCGUCCGCUGCUUCACGUGCGGGAAGAUCGUCGGAAACAAAUGGGAGGCCUAUCUGGGCCUGCUGCAGGCCGAGUACACCGAGGGGGACGCGCUGGACGCCCUGGGCCUGAAGCGCUACUGCUGCCGCCGGAUGCUGCUCUCCCACGUCGACCUCAUCGAGAAGCUCCUCAACUACGCCCCGCUCGAGAAGUGACAGCGCACGUCCCUGCCCGUCUGAUGCCCGCCGCCCGCUCCCGAUAAACUGUGCCCCCCUGGAGAAGUGAUGGGGUGACCCCUGCUGCCCAUCUGAUCCCCGUCCCCCCAUCACCGACAACCUACACCCCCCCGGAGAAGUGAUGGUGCCCACCGCCAUCUCCGGUCACCCGUCUGAUGCUCCUGAUAAACCACACCCUGAUGGAGAAGUGAUGAUGCCCACUCCCGUUUUCAAUAAAAGUCUGAGCUGAAAGCUGA